AUGAAGCUUUCUCCACCAAUCGACACGAAACCCUCGCUCCGAGGUCAGACCGUGCUCAUUACGGGUGCAAAUGUUGGUCUCGGUUUCGAAGCAGCCUUGAAGUUCGUCCAGCUGGGCGCCGACAAGGUAAUCAUGGGUGUCCGUUCGGUCGAGAGGGGCGAACAGGCGAAGCAAGAAAUUGAGCACCGGAGUGGUCGUACGGGUUGCUUGUUGGUCUGGCAACUGGAUAUGCUGGACUAUGGAAGCGUACAAGCUUUUGCGGAGCGCGCCUCCAGUGAUCUCGAUCGUCUGGAUGUCGUGGUGCUCAAUGCUGGAGUGUUGAUGUCGAAGUUCGAAAAGUCCGCACACGGCUGGGAGAAGACAUUGCAAGUCAACCUAUUAUCCACGAUCUUGCUGGCUCUACUCUUGAUGCCCAAGCUGGAAGCAAGCAAGACAGAGAAGCAUACGCCAGUGCUCGAAUUCGUCAGUUCUGGUAAUCACAUGCACCUCACCAGCCUCGACGAUCAGAGCAGCAUUUUGGACAGCUUCAAUGCAGCCGAACACUACUCGUUUAUGAGACAGUACGAUCAUUCGAAGCUUUUCCUGGAGUACGCCAAAGCUGAGUUGGCCAGGAGUUCAAGCGGAGAUGUGUUGGCAAAGCCAAACGUCUGCGUCCUUUCGGUCUGUCCGGGACCUGUGAAAACGAAUCUGGUUCGCGACUUCAUGAGUGCCUGGUAUCUGAGACUUGCAGUGGGUAUGGUCGGAGUGCUGCAGCGAUCGCCUGAAGAAGGGGCCAGGACAUACAUUAGUGGAGCAACAUCAAGUCUAGCAGUGCAUGGCAGCUUCUGGCAAGACGACCAGGUCCAAGGGCUUGCACCACUGGUUGAAGGUGACGACGGCCAUGCAAGACAGGCCAAAGUUUGGGGCGAGCUCGUGGCAGCACUGAAGACUGAUGUGCCCAGCCUGGUCGUGUAG